AUGCUGCAAGGAAUAUAUGGUACCGCAUGGGAGAGUGCGGAAAAACUUAAAGCUUAUAUCCACUUCGAGGAGGAGGCCAAAAGGCGGGACCAACGUCGAAUUGGUCAUGAUCUUGAUCUUUUUUCUAUACAGGAUGAAGCUAGUGGGGGUUUGGUUUUCUGGCAUCCCAAGGGUGCUAUUCUUUUCAUUAGAGAUUUUUCUCCCAUAUCUGUCAUUGAAUGUCCGCUGAUGUGCUACUGUCAAACCGCCGCCGCAUUACCACCCUUCGACGCUGCCGUCCGCCGCGGCCACCGUGCCGUCGAACACCGCGACGGUCCCGGCGUUCAGGCCGCCUAUGUUGGCCAGACAACCGCGGUCCGGUGCGGCCAUUAUUCUGUUGAGCGCCACCACGAGUCCAACGUUCACGAUAGCAGCUCAUCGCCAGCGACGGGGAUCUAUUUUCAGUCCGUGACUUCACGGCAGCGGCGACUCUGA